UGUGAUAAAGAAACUGGUGAAUGUAGUGGAGUAUGUGCUACAGGGUGGUCAGGAUCUACUUGUCAAAAACCCUGUGAUAAUGGUACGUAUGGUGCUGGAUGUGAUAAACUAUGUUCAAAUAGAAAUUGUUUAUUAGAAACAUCACUAUGUAACCAUAUCAAUGGUAGCUGUCAAGGUGGAUGUAAAGAAGGAUUUAGUGGAAUUGACUGUGUUAAAAGAUGUGAAGGUGGUGUUUAUGGAGCAGGAUGUAGUAAGAAAUGUUCAGAUAGAAAUUGUUUAGUAGAAACAUCACUAUGUAAUCAUAUCAAUGGUAGCUGUAUUGAUGGAUGUAAAGAAGGAUUUGGUGGAAUUGACUGUGUUAAAAGAUGUGAAGGUGGUGUUUAUGGAGCAGGAUGUAGUAAGAAAUGUUCAGAUAGAAAUUGUUUAGUAGAAACAUCACCAUGUAAUCAUAUCAAUGGUAGCUGUCAAGGUGGAUGUAAAGAAGGAUUUAGUGGAAUUGACUGUGUUAAAAGAUGUGAAGAUAGUGUUUAUGGAGCAGGAUGUAGUAAGAAAUGUUCAGAUAGAAAUUGUUCAGUAGAAACAUCACCAUGUAAUCAUAUCAAUGGUAGCUGUCAAGGUGGAUGUAAAGAAGGAUUUAGUGGAAUUGACUGUGUUAAAAGAUGUGAAGAUGGUGUUUAUGGUGCAGGAUGUAGUAAGAAAUGUUAA